ACGUGGAGCCCGGCCGGCCAUGGGCGAGUUCCAGGUGCACCGAGCGCGGCUCUUCGCCUUCGUGCCCUCCGGCGUCCGCUGCCUGGCCGUCCCCGGCGCCCGCCCGCCCCACCGCCGCCUGGCCGCCGCCCGCCUCGACGGCGCCGUGGAGCUCUACGACCUGCAGGCCAACGGCGCCCAGGAGAAGGUGAUCCCGGGCCACGAGGCGCGCGCCCCGGAGGCGCUGUGCUGGGCGGCGGGCGAGCGGCUCUUCGGCGCCGGGCUCGACGGGGCGGUGCUGGAGUACGACCUGCAGAGGCUGCGCGUGAAGGGCUCGCUCGACGCCUUCGGGGGGCCGCUCUGGAGCAUGGCGGCCGACCCCUCCGGCGCCCGGCUGGCGGUGGGCUGCGAGGACGGCUCCGUCAAGCUCUUCCGAGUCGGGGCGGAUGGAAUCCAAUUUGAAAGGCAGCUGGACCGGCAGAAAGAGCGCAUCCUCUCUCUAUCCUGGCAUCCUUCUGGGACCAAGAUCGCAGCUGGCUCCAUCGACUGCAUUUACAUCUUUGACGUCGAAUCUGGGCACACCAGCCAGCGGAUCCUGGUAGAAAGGCGUCUGCAAGGCCCCUCCAGCCAGAAAUGCCUGGUGUGGGGCCUGGCCUUCCUUUCUGAUGGCACUGUGGUCAGCGUGGAUUCGGCUGGAAAAGUGCAGUUCUGGGAUUCGGCGAUGGGCACUCUGCUCUCCAAGCACCCCGUCAGCAAAGCUGCAGUGCUUUCUGUGGCCGUGGCUGAGGCAGAAGACAGUAUGGUGGUUGGCACGUCGGAGGGCACGGUGUAUCAGUUCCAACUGCUGCCAGUGAAGCUGGGCAGCUCUGAGUGCGAGUGGGUGCGGACCAGACCCUUUCGGCAUCAUACUCACGAUGUGCGGACAGUGGCUCACACCGCCACAGCCUUCAUCUCUGGAGGGCUGGAUGGGCAGCUUGUGAUCCGACCCCUGAUGGAGAAGGUGGACUCCAAGUCCUACGAUGCGGCCCUCCGAACUAUCACCUUCCCCCACAGGCGCCUCGUCUCCUGUGCCAGGACAGCCCGGCUCCUCCUCUUCCAGUACCCCCAGCACCUGGAGCUCUGGCGACUUGGCACCACCAACGUCUUCGGAAGGCCUGGCGAGGUCCUGCCAGUGUCCUGCCCCCCCCGGAACCUGCUCCAGCUGAAGGCCAAGGGCCCCGAGCACAUCCGCACCAGCUGCCUCUCCCCGUGUGGCGGCUGGAUUGCCUACUCCACAACUAGCAGGUUCUUCCUGCAUCGGGUUCAGCUCGCCAGUGACCACGUUUCCAUCAACCGAGUUCGCAAGACCCCCAGGCUGGACGGCUCAGCCCACAGCCUUCUUUUUUCUGGCGACGCCACCAGGCUCUUCCUGGCAUCGGAUCGGGGCUGCGUGUAUGUGCUUUCGCUCUCGCAGUCAGGGAUCUGCAGGCAUCUAUACACGCUUCGUCCAAAUUCAGAGAGGUUGGAAGCAGUGCAUCAGCUGGCAGUGAGUGCGGAUGGCAAGUGGUUGUGUGCAGCAGGUGGAGACCGGGAAAUCUGCAUCUAUAACUUGGAAAACACCAAGCUUCACUGCUCUGUGCCAGCCUACGAGUGCCCAGUGACCGCAAUGGCAAUCCAUCCGCUGACCAAUAAUCUCAUCGUGGCGCAUUCGGAUCAGCAGCUGUUUGAGUUCAGCAUCCAGGAGGGAGGCUACACGCCUUGGAGCCGGAAGCUGCAACAGCUGGGCCUGCACAAGGAUUGGCUGGAGCGAGACACGCCCAUCACCCACAUCACCUUCCGCCCCAGGCACUCCUCGCAUGUCUUGCUGCACGACACGUACAUGUUCUGCAUCCUGGACAUGUCGCUGCCACUGCAUGAGGAUGCUGCGGCCUCAAAGACGCUGGAGCCACACGUGAAAACGAUCCAGCGUGGUCGUGGCCGUGCCUUCAAGAUCUGCAAGAAGUUCCAGCCUCUGCUCUUUGUGGAUUUCCUGGAUGACAAUUCUUUGGUGGUGAUGGAGCGGCCGCUGAUGGACAUCAAAGCCCAGUUGCCACCACCCGUCUAUCAGAAGAAGUUUGGGACCUAAUGUGCUGCCCUGCAGGGACCUCCGGGGAUCUUUGCAGAGGCCGUGCUUCAUGGAGGGGCUCCCGGUGCCCUUCCCGUCAGAAGCAGGGGGCUGCGUGGCCGGAGGGG